UUGCUAGUCUAUUUUCCUCCUUAGGCUGCUGCGUCUGUCGUUUGUCUGGCAAGGAUGAAGGAGAUCGGACUGCAAUUGCAGCAGGUGUAUGCCCAAUAUUGCAUGUGGGACAUGCUAGGAGAGGAUAUGGCAGAUGAUAGCAUCUGGGAUAGUCUGCGCAGUAGAGACGCAUAGUUUCUAUGACAGCUUCGUGGAAACAUUGACGACGCAUGGCAUGUUGCUGACGUGUCAGCAGGAAAGCACGCUGAUGUUCCCAGCUAUUCAGGCAAGGCAUGUCAAGCCCAUGGCGGCAUGCUGGGCAAGGCUUGUGUCUGUGUUCUGGGGAGCGAGACAUGUACAGCUGAAGUGCAUCUUGCAGAAUCUUUGUGGGCAUGUGCAUGGGAUAGGGUAUGGACAGAAGAGGAGAAAUCAUGGAAGCUCCAGGACAAUUGUUGUUUCAGCAGAUAAGGGCAGUGGUUCUCGAACGGUCAGCAGGAAUGACGAGAAGAAAAGUGGUGAGGCGAGGCGUAGGUUAGAGAGUCGCGGCUGGGGCUGGGUGGGCUCAGAAAGUGGACGUGGAAGCGGAGGGGAGGGAAGGGAAAAGGGUGGGAGUAAUGGACAGAGGUGGAAGAAGGAAGAGCAAAGAGGAGGGCAAGGCGAGAGGAAAGAUAAAGGGGGUAGUCCGAACGCGAGAUUUGGGGGCGGUGCGGGUUGGAGAAAUGGGAAGAAGAAAAAAUGGGGGAAGACCGUGUCGCGAGGCAAGGCUAAGAAGGAGAACAAGCGUGGAGAUUUCUUUGAGAUUGAGGACCCUGAGACUGGGGAGAAGAUUGCGGUUUUUGGACAUGAGGGGAUGGACCCCUCCGUAAUUAAGCCAUCGGAUCUAAAGUGGGAACCUGCAGAGAUCAUUGGAUCUGGUAAUGUGAGCGAUGAGACCUGGUGGGAGGUCAUGGAGGGUGAUAGACUCUUGCCAUCGGGAGGUCAUGGCGCCUCGGGAGUCAACAAGUAUGCAGAUGAUAUCGACGAUGAGGAUUUUGACGAUUACGAGGAGGAGGAGGAGGAGGAGGAGGAGGGUGGGAGUGAUGUUUGGGAUUCAUUCAGAGAUGAUGGAGCAGAAGAUUCUUCUGAUGUCGAAGAUACGGAUGUGGCUGAGGAGGAGGAGGAGGAGGGGGAGGAGGAGGAGGAGGAGGAAGAAGACAGGGAGGAUGAUGCAAGACGGCAGGUGCGACGAAGACCACCUAUGGGUUUGAAUGUAUUUGGGAGGAAUUUCACCGGCUUGCGUGUUAAGAGCUCAUUACUUGAUGAUCAUGUUGCGGAUCGCAAGUCUGAUUUUUUAAAUGGAGAGGAAGGCGCAUCUGAUUUUGGAACCAUGACCGCUCACCGGGAAGAGGGCCGCAGUGGCAAGGUGGUCGGUGCACUAGCGGAUAAUCGGGUUGAGGCACUCGUUGGGAUGCCUGCUUCUAAAGGCCAAGGAGAAGAUGGGAAAUACAUCGACGGUCCUGAGGUGGAUGUGAGGAAAGUGGAGGAGGAGGGGGUUCAGGAGAGCAGCAUACUGCGUGCUGCUGCUGCCGAAGAUGGAGAUUGGCUCCGAAGAGGGGAUACUCGGACCGUCAGUCAUACUGUAGAGGGCCUGAAAGGUGUGGCAUUGGACAAGGACCAGCCAAUGCAGAAGCAGAACAGUGUUGAUCUCUCACUGCCAUCAGGUUUGCGUUCUCAGCUAUCAAGGGAAGUUCUUUUGAAGUCUGAGAAAGGGACUUCUGAAUCUUCUGAAGAUGAAAUGGAGAGUGGAAAUGAAAUAGAAGAGGAUGGAGAGGUUAAAGAUGAUGAUGAUGAUGAUGAUGAUGGUGAUAAGCAGAAUUCUCUCCAGAAUCGUUCGAGAGCAGAAAGGAGCGAUUCAACUUUAAAAGAAGUCAAAGGGAGAGGAAAAAGAUUGCUUGAUGGACUUCGUGCACGGGUUCUGGGUACUGGAGUGGCUGCUGAACAGGACGCAAAACGGGAUCGAGGCUCUUCCAGUGAAGCUCGACAAGAAUCACGCAGGAGUGCAGAGAGUCACGGAGAAGGAACCGAGAAGAUCCCGCAUCCAGGGGCCAGUAAAGAUCCAGAAGCAUAUCAUGACAAAAAGCUUCCUACGAGAACGGCAAUCCUCGAAAGGCGAAACUUUGACGAAGAGUUGGCAAGAUCUUUCUUCAGUUUAGAGUCCUUUGAGGAUGUUGGGGCAAGCGAUGAAGCGGCUGCUAUGCUCAGGGCUAUGGGAAUAGUCAAACCUUCACACAUUCAGGCGUUAUCGUACAGAACUGUGCUGAGUGGUAGACCUUGCAUAAUUGCAGACCAGACGGGCACAGGGAAGACACUAGCGUACCUCGCACCAUUGGUGCAGAGAUUGAGAGAAGAAGAGAUCAGUGGAUCCGGCCGUGCGAAGCCCAGGAAACCAAGAGUGCUUGUCUUGACGCCAACUAGCGAGCUGGCGGCACAGAUGCAUGUGCGCAGUAGCACGUACCAUUCAGGCAUCACGCAGGUACACCACGAGGCUCCCCUUGCAGUUCACGUCAGUGUUGUGGUUGACGAAGCAGACAUCUUGUUUGACGAGGACAGCUUCUGGGAAGAGAUGUCAAGCGUAAAGCAGGCUCUGCAGGAAUCUGUACAAUACGUCCAUGUCACUGCCACACUAUCUACUACCAUUCAUGACGAGCUGGCCUCCGAGUACCCAAAUUCAGUGAGCAUAUUGGGGCCAGGGCUGCAUCGAACAGCUAUUGGCCUCCAAGAGGUGCUGGUGGACUGCAGCGGUGGUGACGAUCGCACCGAAGAGUCGGCGUUCUUGAGGAAGAAGGACGCGCUUGUUCAGCUGCUUGAACAGAGGCCUGUACCAAAGACAAUCAUAUUCUGUAACAAGAUUGACACUUGCAGGAAAGUGGAGAAUAUACUGAGGAGAAAUGAUCGGCGGGGUGCGGACUACGAAGUGCUGCCACACCAUGCUGCUUUGACUCAAGACGCACGACAGCAGAGUCUGGCGAGGUUCUUAGCGCCGGCCAACGGGAAACGUUGCUUUCUUGUCUGCACAGACAGGGCGUCAAGAGGGCUAGACUCCGUUGAUGUCGAGCACGUCGUCCUGUUCGAUUUUCCACGGGAUCCAAGUGAGUAUGUAAGGCGAGUUGGGCGGACAGCACGAGGGGCCGGAGGACUUGGAACUGUAUUCGUUUUCGUGAUUGGCAAGCAAGUCAGCCUUGCAAGAAAAAUCAUGUCGCGGAACGACCGAGGACAGCCCAUCCAUGAAGUCCCACCUGCUUCAUAGGCGAGGCGUCGGCAGCCCAACAGGAUGAGGUGCUGGCUAACGAUGCCAAACAAAUGACGAGUUGAUGAAACAGGUUUCUUCUCAUUCAGGGGUAGUGUAACACUUUGCGCUUAGGGGCAUACUCACAGUUGUAUUUCGCUGAAUGUAUCUGAUGUCACUUGCGCCCAGAUUCAGUUAAGGAAGUCCUAGUGUGAGUAUGUGCUUGCGAUA